AUGGCAUCGUCAGCCGCUCGGUUCCUGAGGGAGUACAAGGUCCGUUCACGAUCCAUCACAUCAACUGUCGCCUCCGGUCCUAGGGGGCCCUACAUGUCCAUUCUGGGGGCACGAGCUACCAGAUCGGGGAACGCCACCCGAUGUAGGCAGCGUGUUACACAUCACGCCCCUCCCCCGCCGCCGCCGAGUCGAGCGUGUGAUCACCGACCCACUUUCCGCCCCUCCCGUCCUCCCGUCCCAGGGGACGAGGUUCGAGCGUCGAGGGCUGGAUGCGGGCGUGUGCGCAGACGCAGUUCCCGACUAGCGCACACACGCGCGCGGCGGAUUUAGACUGAAGCGAAUGUCUCUCACGAGCUCAAAAGCGGUGGGAUCAUUCCCUCGGUCCGAGCAUGAACCGGCAUAUAUCCGCUACGGGUCGUCGUAGAGGGGUCAACACUUGCGUCGCGUCGUGGGGAUCUCGAUCACUGAUCCCGCUUCAAUUACGGCUGCCCCUUCUCACAGCUCGUCGUGGUCGGAGGUGGUGGUGUCGGAAAGAGUGCCUUGACAAUUCGUGAGUCGGUGGAUAUCCCCACCCCCCAUUCGGUCACAGGUACACUUGGCUCAUAUCUAGUCGUCUUUACAAAUCACCAGAAUUCAUCCAGUGCGUACCGAACCGGCGAGACUCGAUAAACUGACCGCAUGGAACUGGCAAGCUCAUCUCAAAAGUGUGGUGGCUUCAAUUGGGGGUGGGCAACAGAUCACAUUUCGUCGACGAGUAUGACCCGACAGUGCGUAUCAUCCUAGACCAAACUCGGUUCAACCGCAGAGACUGACCUCGUGGCCCGACCCCUCUUUCCGUUUUCCCCAGAUCGAGGACUCGUACCGGAAACAGUGUGUGAUCGACGAGGAGGUCGCUUUGCUCGAUGUACUGGAUACCGCAGGACAAGAGGAGUACUCGUACGUUUGUCACCAUCAAUUCGGGGUCAAUAAGAUGGGGGAGACCAGGAUGCGGCGGCAUGUCAGGGGAGGACAAAGGGAAUCCGUGGAACCCGGACGAGAAUGUGGGGAGGGGAAAAGAUCGAGCGGGAAGGGGAACAGAGCAGGCAAGAGUUCAUCGAGAAAGAUCGGAAAGGGCUGACGGGACACUUCUUGUUCCGCUCAACAGUGCUAUGCGUGAGCAGUACAUGCGGACCGGGGAGGGGUUCCUGCUCGUCUACUCGAUCACAUCCCGCAACUCGUUCGACGAAAUUGGGACGUUCCACCAACAAAUCCUGCGUGAGUUGGGACAGUGCGAAUGGGAGAUGCGGGGCUUGGGCUGAACCGGACGGAAUACGUUUUACGUGACGCAGGUGUCAAGGACAAGGAUUCCUUCCCGGUGAUCCUGGUGGCCAACAAGUGCGAUCUCGAAUACGAGCGACAGGUGGAUUCGCAGGGUAAGCUUUGAGCAUGAAUCGAUUGGUAAUGGCGUCGAUGGGGAUCUUUUGCUGAUGCACAAGUCGAUCUUACAGAGGGCCGAGAUUUGGCGAAGCAUUUUGGGUGCCGCUUCAUCGAGACAUCUGCGAAGCAACGAUUAAACGUCGAGGAGGCCUUUUCAAACCUGGUUCGCGAGAUUCGAAAGUACAACAAGGUGCGUCGUUGAGUCAAGUGUUGCGUUGUUUUGAAGUAUGCUUGAGACUUAUGUCGCAGUUUUGCUUCGUAUAGGAACAAGCGGCAGGUCGACCAGGGGCACCUCAGAACGGGGCGGGCCAUUUCGAGACCGACGACAAGCAAUCGGCGGGGUGCUGCGGUGGUUGCGUGAUCCUCUAG